CGCGUUAUUUUAUUUGGCGUGCAUAUAUGCUCCUCCAAACCCUACUCUUUCUCUGUUUUCCAAUGGAGGAACCGGCGAUCUCACCGGAGAGACCCUUCCGGCUCUUCUCCUCCACCAAAUGCAAACCCAAACCCCUUCCUCCUCCUCCUCCUCCUCCUCCUCCUCAAACCCUAAACCCUAACCUUCCUACACCACCCCCCAAUCCCACCCCCUUGAUCGACGCCGACCACGGCGACUCUGAUCCCGAUCCCGAACCCUCCGCCGCCGCGGGGGGCGGCGCCGUCUCCUUCUCCGGCCUCGGCCUCGCCGAGUGGGCCGUCGCUACAUGCCGCGAGCUCGGGAUCCGGCGCCCCACCCCGGUCCAGCUCCGCUGCAUCCCCCGCAUCCUCGCCGGCGACGACGUCCUCGGCAUCGCCCAAACGGGGAGCGGCAAAACCGCGGCGUUCGCCCUCCCCAUCCUCCACCGCCUCGCCGAGGACCCCUUCGGCGUCUUCGCCCUCGUCCUCACCCCCACGCGCGAGCUCGCGAGCCAGCUCGCUGAGCAGUUCCGGGCCCUGGGCUCGCCGCUCAACCUGCGCUGCAUGGUCGCCAUCGGAGGGUUCGACUCCAUCGGCCAGGCGCGGGGCCUGGCGAGGCGGCCGCACGUCGUGAUUGCGACACCCGGGAGAAUCAGGACGCUUCUUGAGGACGAUCCCGAUAUUGCUGCUGUUUUUUCCAGGACCAAGUUCCUAGUGUUGGAUGAAGCAGAUAGAGUUUUGGAUGUCAAUUUUGAGGAGGAGCUUCGGGUGAUAUUUCAAUAUUUACCCAAAAAUCGGCAAACUUUAUUGUUUUCAGCAACAAUGACGGAUAAUCUGCGGUCAUUGCUUGAGAUUUCCGCAAACAAGUCUUACUUCUUUGAAGAAUAUGAAGGGUUUAAGACAGUUGAAUCUUUAAAACAACAGUACCUUCAUAUCCCUCCAGAUGGAAAGGAGCUUUAUCUUUUCCAUAUUUUGUCGAAAAUGGAGGACAAGGGCAUCCGUUCUGCCAUAGUAUUCGUUUCUACUUGCAGGACUUGUCAAUUUCUAGGUUUGUUAUUGGAAGAACUUGAUCAAGAUGCAGUUGCUCUGCACUCUCAUAAGUCUCAGUCUUUAAGACUUGCCUCGCUUCAGCAAUUUAGGUCUGGUCGGGUUCGUAUUUUGCUUGCUACUGAUGUAGCCAGCCGUGGCUUGGAUAUUCCAACGGUUGACCUUGUAAUCAACUAUGAUGUUCCAAGGUAUCCACAGGACUAUGUCCAUCGUGUGGGACGUACUGCAAGGGCUGGCAGAGGGGGACAGUCUAUAAGCUUUGUUACUGAGAGGGAUGUAGAUCUUGUUCAUGAGAUAGAGGAUGUUACUGGAAAGCAAUUGGAAGCGCAUGAAUGCGAGGAGAAAAAGGUUCUUGAAGAUAUUACCAAGGUGUUCAAGGCCAGACGAGUUGCGAAAAUGAAGAUGUUAGAUGAGGGGUUUGAAGAACGAGUACAGACAAGGAAAGAGCAGAAGCUAAAGACUUUAGCGGAUAAAGGCUUGUUGAAGAAGCGGAAACGAAAGGCUUAAGAACAAAGCCUAUGGGAACCCUUGGCAUUGUAGAAAGAGGAGUUCCCAUCGCGGUCUAGUUAAGAUUAACAAGAAAUAGAAAAGAAAGGCCCUAUCUGUUGCAGUGGAGGGUCUUACAAAUUUUGGUUUAAGUUAAUACAAUGUAUUUUAUUGAGGCAAAACUGUAAAUUUACGGUAAACAAUAUGGUUUGAUGAUUGUUAUGAUUUAUUUAAUCAAAAUUGCCACUUGUGUACUAAGUGGAUAUAAAUAUGUAUUUUUAUUUAUUUAUUUCUUUUGAGGGACAACUCUAACACGGAUAUCAAACUAUCAUAGGAUAUGCUGAUUUUUUAUGAAUUAA